GCGAGGGGCUCGGGGGCUGCAGUGGAAAAGAAGGGGAGAAGAGCUGGGGCAGGAACCCAGCCCUGAGGACAUCCUGUGGCCCAGGGGCAAGUGACACCUGCUGCAGGAGGCCCAGGAUGGUGGAGGCUGAGGACCUGGCGCAGCUGCGGCUGCUCAACCUGGAGCUCCUGAGGCAGCUGUGGGUGGGGCAGGAUGCUGUGCGGCGGUCAGUGACCAGGGCAGCCUUAGAGUCAAGCCUGGAAUCCAGCAGCUACAAUUCAGAGACUCCAUUGACCCCAGAGACGUCCUCAACUUCCUUGAGCACCUCCUGCCCACGGGGCCGGUGUCCUGUGUGGAGCUCACCAGAUGCCUGCCAAGGGGACCCCCGUGAUGUGGCCAGAUCGGGGGUGGCCUCUCUCCCACCUGCCAAAUGCCAGCACCAGGAGUCCCUGGGCCGACCGAGACCCCACUCAGCACCCUCCCUGGGCACCUCAAGCCUGAGGGACCCAGAGCCCUCAGCGGGGCUAGGUGAUCCAGGACCCCAGGAGGCACAGCCCCCGAGGUCCAUCCUGGCUCAACAGAGCAAGCUGUCCAAGCCCAGGGUGACCUUCUCUGAGGAGUCUGCAGUUCCUGAGAGGAGCUGGCGCCUCAGGCCGUACCUGGGCUAUGACUGGAUUGCAGGGUCUCUGGACACCAGCUCUUCAAUCGCCAGCCAGCCUGAGGCCUUCUUCUCGAAGCUGCAGGAGUUUCGGGAAACCAACAAGGAGGAGUGUAUCUGUAGCCAUCCUGAACCCCAGGUCCUGGGCCUGCGUGACAGCAGUGGCAGCGGCGUGGAGGAAGACCAUGAAUGCGUGUACUGUUACCGUGUCAACCGGCGCCUGUUCCCCGUGCCUGUGGAUCCCGGCACCCCCUGCCGCCUGUGUAGGACACCACGAGACCAGCAGGGCCCUGGGACCCUGGCGCAGCCGGCGCAGGUCAGGGUGAGCAUCCCGCUGUCCAUCCUGGAACCCCCGCACCGGUACCGCAUCCACCGGCGGAAGAGCUUUGACGCCUCCGACACACUGGCCCUGCCCCGGCACUGCCUGCUGGGCUGGGACAUUUUCCCUCCGAAGUCUGAGAAAAGCUCAGCCCCCAAGAACCUGGACCUCUGGUCCUCUGUCUCUGCUGAGGUCCAGCACCAGAAGCUGUCAGGCACCAGCCCCCCCGUCCACGCCUUGCCAAUGCAGGUGCCGCCCCCCACCCCGAUCUGGUCAGUGCCCCAGGUCCCUCAGCCCCAUGUCCCACGGCAGAAGCCUUGAGGACUGACUCCUGGAGGAGGACAGCAUUCCCGCCGCCUCCAGCCUCUCACCUCUGGCAGGCGCACCCAGGAGAUGGAAGCCCCUGCCCGGCCCGCUCAGGCCCGGCUGUCCUAGGUUGGGCAGGUGGGUGGGCCCAGGCUUGUCUGCUGCCUGGGUUCCAGAGAGGAAGGACCCUGGGGUGGAGGGUGAGGGAUUCUGUGGAAAUUUUAAAAUAAAGCUCAGUGCUCUGCA